CGCGGACCGCCAGGGUCCCGGGUGGGGCGCCGAGCAGGCCGGGAGCGGCCAGGCCACGCCCGCAGGGCGGAGGGCGCUGCGGGACCCGGUGAAUCAUCGCCGGCGGCGGCAGCUCACAGUCCCGCUGCCGCGCGCCGGGCCCUGGCCGCGCCCCUGCCGAGCGCCGCUCAUCCCCGCAGCCGAGACCCUCGCUCGCUCGCCCGGCGGCAGCGCGGGCACCGGGCCAACCAUGGCGGGCAUUGCGGCCAAGCUGGCGAAGGACCGGGAGGCGGCCGAGGGGCUGGGCUCGCACGAGAGGGCGGUCAAGUACCUCAACCAGGACUACGCGGCGCUGCGGGACGAGUGCCUGGAGGCCGGGGCGCUGUUCCAGGACCCCUCCUUCCCGGCCCUGCCUUCCUCCCUGGGCUUCAAGGAGUUGGGACCCUACUCCAGCAAGACCCGGGGCAUCGAGUGGAAGCGGCCCACGGAGAUCUGUGAUGAUCCCCAAUUUAUUACUGGAGGAGCCACUCGCACAGACAUCUGCCAAGGAGCCCUAGGUGACUGCUGGCUGCUGGCCGCCAUUGCCUCCCUCACUUUGAAUGAAGAAAUUCUGGCUCGAGUCGUCCCCCUGGACCAGAGCUUCCAGGAGAACUAUGCGGGGAUCUUCCACUUCCAGUUCUGGCAGUACGGCGAGUGGGUGGAGGUGGUGGUGGACGACAGGCUGCCCACCAAGGACGGGGAGCUGCUCUUCGUGCACUCGGCAGAGGGCAGCGAGUUCUGGAGUGCGCUGCUGGAGAAGGCCUACGCCAAGAUCAAUGGGUGUUAUGAAGCACUUUCGGGGGGCGCCACCACCGAGGGCUUCGAGGACUUCACUGGAGGCAUCGCUGAGUGGUAUGAGUUGAGGAAGGCCCCUCCCAACCUGUUCAGGAUCAUCCAGAAGGCUCUGCAGAAAGGCUCUCUCCUGGGCUGCUCCAUCGAUAUCACCAGCGCUGCGGACUCGGAGGCCAUCACGUUCCAGAAGCUGGUGAAGGGGCACGCGUACUCGGUGACCGGCGCCGAGGAGGUGGAAAGCAGAGGAAGCCUGCAGAAGCUGAUCCGCAUCCGGAAUCCCUGGGGAGAGGUGGAGUGGACCGGGCAGUGGAAUGACAACUGCCCAAACUGGAACACAGUUGACCCCGAGGUGAGGGAAAGCCUGACCAGACGGCACGAGGAUGGGGAAUUCUGGAUGUCUUUCAGCGACUUCCUGAGACACUAUUCCCGCCUGGAGAUCUGCAACCUGACCCCUGACACACUCACCAGUGACACCUAUAAGAAGUGGAAACUCACCAAGAUGGAUGGGAACUGGAGGCGAGGCUCGACCGCGGGCGGCUGCAGGAACUACCCAAACACGUUCUGGAUGAACCCUCAGUACCUGAUCAAGCUGGAGGAAGAGGACGAGGAUCAGGAGGACGGGGAGAGCGGCUGCACCUUCCUGGUGGGCCUCAUCCAGAAGCACCGGCGGCGGCAGAGGAAGAUGGGCGAGGACAUGCACACCAUUGGCUUCGGCAUCUAUGAGGUUCCAGAGGAGUUUACUGGGCAGACCAACAUCCACCUCAGCAAAAAAUUCUUCCUGACAACCAGAGCGCGGGAGCGGUCGGACACCUUCAUCAACCUGCGGGAGGUGCUCAACCGCUUCAAGCUGCCCCCCGGGGAGUACAUCGUGGUGCCCUCCACCUUCGAGCCCAACAAGGACGGCGACUUCUGCAUCCGGGUCUUUUCCGAGAAGAAAGCCGACUACCAAGUUGUCGACGAUGAAAUCGAGGCCAACCUUGAGGAGAUUGACAUCAGCGAGGACGACAUCGAUGAUGGAUUCAGGAGACUGUUUGCCCAGCUGGCUGGAGAGGAUGCAGAGAUUUCUGCCUUUGAGUUGCAGACAAUCCUGAGACGAGUGCUAGCAAAGCGCCAAGAUAUCAAGUCCGAUGGCUUCAGUAUUGAGACCUGCAAGAUCAUGGUGGACAUGCUCGACUCGGAUGGGAGUGGCAAACUGGGUCUGAAGGAGUUCUACAUUCUCUGGACGAAGAUUCAGAAAUACCAAAAAAUUUACCGGGAAAUCGAUGUGGACCGGUCUGGAACCAUGAACUCCUAUGAGAUGCGGAAAGCAUUAGAAGCAGCAGGUUUCAAGAUGCCCUGUCAGCUCCACCAAGUGAUCGUUGCCCGGUUUGCAGAUGACGAGCUCAUCAUUGAUUUUGACAAUUUUGUCCGGUGUUUGAUUCGACUGGAGACACUAUUCAGGAUAUUUAAGCAGCUGGACCCCGAGAAUACUGGAAUGAUCCAGCUCGAUCUUAUCUCUUGGCUGUGUUUUUCAGUACUUUGAAGCGAUAACCAAUCUGCCUGAAGACUUCUCAUGAAAGAAAAUCAGCUGAGGACUAAGCCUCCACGGAGAAACUUUUUAUCUAGAUCUUGAAAUUAUGGGAACAUUUACUUAAACUGAUGAUUAGAGCUGAAAAUGAUACUGUCGACUUGAGAAAGCAGAACUUUCAGAUAUCAAAGUAAAAGAUUUGCAUAUAAUUAUACUAAAUGAGAGUCACUUAACCCUUGACAAACUUAGGAAAAAACCUUCCAUCUGUAUAUAGUAUAUCCUUUUUACUUUUACACACUUUCCUGUUUAGAGCAAUAUUAAAUCAGGAAAAACUGCAGGGAGGUGUUUAACAGCUGAGCUUAAUUGAACAUUCAGUCAACCUCAAAGGACACAAUGUCUUUGCCAGCAAUAGUUAAAGCAACUUCAAGUUUAAAAAUGCAGCUAUGACAUCUACCAAACAGCUGUCCAGGGAUUCUUUAUUGCCCUUGAGUAAAAUGGAAAAAUAUGAUGCAUCAUGAAGGCAUCUCCAGAGGCCAGGUGAGAAGCACAUCUCAGUCAUUGGGUUAAGUAAGAGAUUUUAUAUAACAUUGAUUGGUUAACCAGCAUGUCUUAACUCAAGUGCUGGAGCGCAUCUGGUCUUAACACACUGAGCAUUAAUGAUACCAAAAGGAUGCUACUCUGGCUCAGCUGAAGCACUGACCCAAACUGGGCAUCUAUCCACGAGCCCACUGUGAUGGAAGACAGCACAGCUGUUUGCUGCCCGCCUCAAACCUUCCUGAACUUCCCCACUAGCAUCCAUGCAUGGACUGGGGGAAACAUCUCGUAGAAACCCCCAGGGAAACCACCCGAGCUUGUUUCCUGGCUUUAAAUUGGGAAAAAUGCUAGUGACAUUAUACAAAUACUGCCUUGUUGCCUUAUCUUCUUCCAAGUGUACUGUUCAAUAAAAAGUCGCCCAGGCAAUCCCA